CGGCUAAUAUACAUUUCGUUAUUAGAAAUUGUAUUCUAAAAGUAAAACUGCUCAAUGUUUCAAGCUAUAUAAUAAAGUAGGAAAAACACAAUGAACAAUACGUAUGAAAACUAUGCCGGCCUACUGGGUGGCCUUAAACAUGCCGGUAUGCUAUUUUAUAUAAUUAAUCCUUACGAAAAUGUAUUUGAAAAGUACGAAGAUGUACCGGAUUACCAAUUGCAGGUUUGGUUUUCAUUUUUCGUUCUUAUCGCUUUAGAAAAUGCGAUAAUUUACGCGAAAAAAGAAAAGUCAUUUCGUUUAAAUGAUCAUGUGACUUCCCUAUCGCAUUGGAUCCUUCAAGAAACUGGACGAAUUAUUUUUCGAGGGGCAGAGUACUAUGCUUACAUAUCCAUUUACCAAAAUUUACGAAUAUGGAAUUUAUCUUGGAACUCUGUUUGGACUUGGUAUGUAACAGCUAUCGCAGUUGACUUUUGUUAUUACUGGGUGCACAGAGCAAAUCACGAAGUGCUCUUCCUCUGGGCGCACCAUCAGGUCCAUCACAGCAGUGAGGAAUUCAAUCUUGUGGUCGGACUGCGUCAGUCGGUGUUGCAACAUUGGUGCAGCUUCUUAUUUUACUUACCACUGGCUUUUUUCAUACCACCUUCUCAUUUUGUGGCUCAUCACCAAUUCAAUUUGAUUUAUCAACUUUGGAUACAUACAACAGUAAUUCAUGAUCUUGGUCCAUUCGAAUGGAUAUUUAAUACGCCGAAGCAUCAUCGUGUUCAUCAUGGAUGUAAUUUAUACUGUUUGGAUACUAAUUACGGUGGUGUUCUAAUAUUAUGGGAUCGGCUUUUUGGAACUUUUGCAGAGGAACGAAAAAACGAAGAAAUAAUUUAUGGUUUGGUGGUUAAUCCUCAAUCGUACAAUCCAUUGUUUCUCCAGGUAUUCUAUGUGGCAUCGAUGAUUGGCCGCAGCCUCGGCAUGGGAAAUUCGAGAGACAAGUUGGCGGUGUACUGGAAGGGCCCAAGUUGGCAGCCAGGCCUCCCACGCCUUGGCCUUGACGAAUUCAAAGUGAACGUCACGUCGCGGAUCAAAUAUAAUCCGCGAAUGUCCAAUUGGCAAAAUUUCUAUAUUGUGCUGCACUUUAGCCUUGUACUUUAUACACAUGUGCAACUCUACGUGGAAAAAUUCGAAACACAACAUAUUUUAUCGGGCGCAACGAUAAUCAACAAUGCAUGCGCCUUAAUAAUAAUAGGUUUACUAUUUGAUAGAUCAAAGUUUGCCAAUAUACUUGAAUUAAUAAGAUGUUGCAGUUACUUAUACUUUUUAAAAAAUAUUCAAAAUUCAUUGGUCACAUACACUUAUGCCGCAUCCUGUUGUUUAUGGAUUUAUGAUAUUUUUAAAUUUUUGGCAGUUUGGUAGUGAAAACGUGCAAUGCAAUAGAUGAUUUAAAAUAAUUUUAAAAAUAGUUAAUUUAGACUUGAAGACCAUAGGGAAAAAAUGGAGAUUCAUGAAAUAAUGAAUUUCUAUUAAAAUGAAUGUUUCUGGGCAUUAUUGCAGAUUCCUCAAAUUGUUUGGCGAUGUUGUAUUACUGGAUAGGCAAAGCAACCAAACAAUCCAAGUUGUUAAAAAUCUUACGCAGCCAAUGCACAAUUAAUGCACAUACUUACAGAGCCCGCGAAUUCCAAUGUAAUUAUUUACAUUUAAUAUUAAAAUAGAUU